UUUACUCGCGCAGACCAGCUCCGUGCAACACACUGCACGGAGAGAGAAGAGCAGGGAGAGCGAAGGACUGACUGUGGGGAAGAGCCCGUCAAAAGGCAGAAAAAUGACCCUCAACAACGUUACCAUGCGUCGCACCAACAACAACGGCCUGCAGCAGCAGCAGCAGCGAUGGAGCAUCCCCGCUGAUGGAAAGCACCUGCUGGUCAAGAAGGACUCCAACGAAUACAACGCGCAGAAGCGAUACACCAUCAAUCCUGACGAUUACUACAGGAGAAGCUGGUCCUCAGAGUCGUCCGACUCUGUCAUCUCCUCUGAGUCUGGCAGCAAUUGCUACCGGGUGGUGCUGAUUGGGGAGCAUGGUGUAGGCAAGUCGUCGCUGGCCAACAUCUUUGCGGGGGUACACGACAGCAUUGACAGCGACUGCGAGGUGCUUGGAGAAGACACAUAUGAAAGAACCCUGAUGGUGGAUGGUGAAAGUGCAACCAUUAUACUGCUGGACAUGUGGGAUAAUAAGCGCGAAGGAGAAUGGAUUCGAGACCACUGCAUGCAAGUGGGAGAUGCAUAUUUGAUCGUCUACUCCAUCACAGACCGAGCAAGCUUUGAGAAGGCCUCUGAACUCAGAAUACAGCUCCGCCGGGCACGCCAGAAAGAAGAUAUACCCAUUAUUUUGGUUGGCAACAAAAGUGACCUUGUGAGGUGCCGCGAAGUUUCAGUGGCAGAGGGCCGAGCGUGCGCCGUUGUGUUCGACUGCAAGUUCAUCGAGACCUCGGCCGCCGUGCAGCACAACGUCAAAGAGCUCUUCGAAGGCAUUGUGCGACAAGUCCGGCUCCGGAGGGACAGCAAGGAAAAGAAUGAGAAGCGCCUGGCCUACCAGAAGCGAAGAGAGAGCAUUCCCAAGAAAGCCCGGCGGUUCUGGGGCAAAAUAGUUGCCAAGAACAACAAGAAUAUGGCCUUCAAACUCAAGUCCAAAUCUUGCCAUGACCUAUCGGUACUUUAAGAACGUUGGACUCUGCCAGAGUUUGUGGCGUUAUGUGGACAUUAUGUUGUGGGAAAUAAUCUAUAUUAGAUUGGGCUAUAAAAAUGACUUAGAUUCACAGCUAUGAUUGUGAUGAAAUGUGCUGGCAUAGGAACAGCACAGUGCAUGGAAGUAUCUCUCUUUCUCUUUUGUUGGUAGUUUUAAAAGAAAAGUAUAGACCAGAAUGACCCAAAGUUAUGCUGGGAAAUGUUCUGGAAAGUACCUAUUUUUUUUCUCCUGUCACCUUUGGAUAAUAGCGUAAGAACCUCAAACCAUCAUGACUUGGGAAGUGAAUAUUACACUCUUUACUCUUUCUUCUUACUAUUUUUUGGAAAACUGUGUAAAGAAGUGAGGAACUGACUAGGGAUUGGUUCUGUGCCAGUUGGCUGGUAAGGCUUAAGCACCCACAGCUGAAAACGCUGCAUUUUCUUGUAAAAUAGCCACCAAGACACUUCUAUUUUUUUUUUUUUUAAUUUGUAAGAUUGGUUUCCAUGAGUUUACACAUCUAUUACUUUGAAAAUAUUUAAAGGAAAAACCCUAUAAUCAAAUAAGUUUUCCUCUCAUAUUUUCAUACUAUGGGGACUAUUUAAAAAUCAAAGUAAACAAUAAAAUCAAAGUGCAAAUUGUAUCAAAGUGCAUCAAGUGCAAGAUGCCAAACCUUUAAAAAAAUCACCUGAGCUUUUAUAAAAGAAACCACACGGACUUCUUGUAUCCAGCCUUGGCCUUUGUCUAUGCCAGAGCUACACUGUAUUUAUUGUUGUGAAAAAUACAAGCAUUUUAAUGGUGAGGGGAAAUGUAUUUAUUACCAAGUUUCUUAAAAGAAUAAUGUUAAUUUUAUUACUGUUUUCUAUCUAAUAUCUUUUUUCAGAUUAUGCAAGU